AUGCCCAAGCUCCCCCCCUCCUCUGGCGGCACAUUGCCCACAGACGACUACGAACUACAACCCGCCUCCAACGUCGACGACCCCCUCCUCCCCUCCUACGAACGCCGCACCUUCCCCUCUCCCCACCAGCAACUCCAGCUACAAAAGCAGUCUCUCCGAGCACGCUCCGUGUUUCGAUGUCUCUGCAUAUCCCUCGCGAUACUCCUCCCUUCGCUUGCUUUUGUGACAUGCUAUUUCGGCCAGACGACGCUGGAUAGAGUGAGGACAUGGGAGAGUCUGCCGAAAGAGGUGCAGGAGUGGCUAGAUGGCGUCGCUCCUCUCAAAUCUGUCGCCGACCACUCCAAUUUCCCCACCAAAGCCGCCCUCAUCGCCACCGCCCCCGUCUUUCCCACCCAUACCGAUGUCCACCCCCUCCUCCGUCCCACAGAAAACGUCUCCAAAGGCUUCAGCGUCAUACAACACUGGGGCAAUCUGAGUCCAUACUACUCUGUCGACAGCCACGGCUUGCCGGAUUCGAAUAGCUUGAUACCGGAGACUUGUGAGCUAAAGAGUUUGCAUUGGUUGCAAAGGCAUGGCGCUAGAUACCCGACGUCAAACCCCUACGGACCCGCCGCGCUCGCUUCUCGGCUCAAGACAGCCACCGACUGGACCGCCAAAGGCGACCUCGCCUUCCUCAACAACUGGAGCUACAAGCUCGGCGCCGAGAUCCUUACUCCCUUCGGCAGAAGCCAGCUCUUCAACCUUGGUGUUGCGGCGCGUGUCAAGUACGGCUUUUUGCUCGACAAAUUUAACGGGCGACUGCCAGUAUUUCGUACGGAAAGUCAAGACCGCAUGUUGCGUUCUGCUCAAAACUUCGCUACCGGAUUCUUCGGAUACCCAUCAGAAGAGCAGUACAACCUCGAAGUCACCAUCGAAUCGCCCGGCUUCAACAACACCCUCGCACCUUAUUCCACCUGCCGCCCGAACUACGACUUUGUCAAGAAGCUCGCCGAAUGGGAUGCAGUAUCCCUGCCCGAGACGCGGGAUAGGUUGCAGGAGAAUAUGGAGGGUCUGGCUCUUACGUUGACGGAUGUGAACGAGAUGAUGGAGAUGUGCGCAUACGAAACUGUCGCCCUCGGCCAAUCCGCGUUCUGCAACCUCUUUACCCAACAAGAAUGGAAAAACUUCCAAUACCGCAACGACCUCUUCUGGUGGUACGGCUCUUCUUUCGGGUACAAACCUGCGCGAGCGAUGGCCGUAGGCUGGGUUCAGGAGCUCGUGUCGAGGUUGACGAAGAGUGAGUUGACAGAGUUUAACUCUACCACCAAUUCGAGUCUGCAUGAUGAUGUUCAUUUCCCCCUCGAUGACCCUCUCUUUGUCGACUUUACUCACGACACUCAAUUCGCCCUCCUGCUUCCGAUGAUGAACCUGACGACGUUUGCAGAGAGCGGAAAUCUGCCCACGGAUAGGAUCCCGAAACAUCGCUCAUUCGUGUCUUCAAAGAUCAUGCCUUUCGCUACCAACCUCCAAAUCCAAGUCCUCUCCUGCUCCUCCUCUUCCUCCUCCUCUUCCUCCUCCUCUUCCUCCUCCUCUACCUCCUCGUCAUCUUCUUCCAAAAACAUCCGCAUCAUCCUCAACGACGCUCCAGUCCCUCUCACCGGCGUCUCCGGCUGUCCCCAAGACGACGACGGCCUAUGCCCGCUCGACACUUUCGUAGCGGCGAUGAAGACCUUGAUCGGAGAAGUCGAUUUCGCGACGGAUUGUGCGUAUAAGGGAGGGAGUAAGGAGGAGCUUGAGAAGGAGUUUAGGGAGGGAGAGCUGGUUGUUGAGGAGGGGGAGAAGACGAAGGGGGGAAAGUCAGGGGAUGGAAAGAAGGUAGAGGACGGGGAGGAGGAUGGUGAUGAUAGUGACAGUGAUAGCGAUAGCGAUGACGAUUAG